UUGACUAUUAUUCAUUUAAUAGAUAUUAAUUAACACAAAACACAGUUUUUUAAGUGUUAAUCUUGUUAUUGAUUUAGUAAAGUUUUAAGUUAUGUUUAAUAAAGAUGAUGCAAUAGGAGGCGUGUUGCGCGAGUAGCGGCUAAUGUAGCCUCGAGCUGUUGGAGGCGGAGCUACAGAGGUCUCACUCCGCUCUAAGAACACAAACCCAAAUAUUUUAUCUAAAAUGUUGUUCUAGAGAUGCCACAGCACGGGCUGCACGUGGGCUCACAGUGACCUUUGACCUUUGACGUACACAAAUCGAAUCGGUGCAUCCCGUCGUCGUGAAGUUUUGUCUCAAACGUCCACCUGGACCGGUGAGAAUCUGGUGGUCGAAGGUCAAAGGUCAAAGUGACCUCGGCCACUCCUCAAGAAUUCACGUAUGAAUUUCGACGAUUUUACCGACGAUAAAAAACAACGACGCGGCGGUGAAACUUUUGGCCGAACGUGAACUGCAACUUGAGCGGUCGGCAGAUUUCAAAAGUCAACAGUCAACAGUCAACAAUCAACAGUCAACAAGCGUGUGACCGGCUGCGGCGAGCAGGGCCUCCUAUUGCGCAACAGCCUGGAUUUCAGAUCGGAAAAAAACGAUAAUGGAUUCUAUAUAUUUUUUAACCGGCUGUCGCAGCAGAUGUCGUCUCCGGCGUGAGAACGGCCAGACGCCAUCGUACAAAAUAUUUUAAGAAGCCGGAACGGAUCGCGAAGGAUUAAAGUACAAAAUAGCUCCAUUACGGGAUUAGGCUGGGUUUGUUUUCUUCCGUUGAAUGACGUUUUAGAUCGUCAGCUGUGAGGAAAAUAUAGUUCUGAGAUAGUUUUAUUUAUAUUUAUUAUAUACUUAUUUUCUGUUCUCUUUAAUACCAUACAGUGCGGGGGGAAAAAAAUAAGUUAGAAAAAAAAUAAACUAAACUAGAUUAUUUAUGUAUUUCUAUAAUCAAAGCUACAUUUUAAUUUAAUUUUGUAUUAAUUUUAUUUUUGUUGUUGCUAUGGACUAACAGGAUAAUUGGGCUUUACAAACUACAGCCAGCGUCUUCAGGGAGUUAAUUAAACAACACAACUUUUAUUUUGAAUAACACCUCUCCUCUGGGGAGAAGAGGAGAGUAAAGGAGAGAGAGAGAGCUGGAGGGAUGAGAGGAGGAGGAAGCUGUAGACAUGGGCGGAGGGCGAGAAGAACAAUGAGGAGAGUGGAGGAGAUGAAAUGGGAAAAAUAGAGGAAGAUAGACAGAGAUGGAAUAAUAUCCAUUAUUCCAUUAUUUCUCCUCAUAAAUAAACUUUUAUUUUCUCUUCGGAAUACGAAGAGUUUUUAUUUUUGGGCUUCUUUUUAAUAAAUACUUUUUUAACCAGAGGAGUCGCCCCCUGGUGGUCAGGAGAGAGAAUGUUUGCAGUAUUUUGUCACAAUUGCGUCUGAUACACAUUGUGUUGUGUGUGUGUGUGUCAAUAUUUGCACACACACACACACACACACACACACACACACACACAGUGUGUAUCAGAGUGUAAUCUGUGUUCUGGUCAGCGGGCAUCAUUAAAGAGCAGUUAUUUACCCACAAUCCACUCUGGGCCAGAUGUCCGCUCUGUUGGAUUGGUCUGAAUAUGUGUGUGUUUGUGUGUGUGUGUGUGUGUGUAUCAAUAUGUGCCAACAUUUGUGGACACCUCCUCCUCCUUUCCUUUCUUCCUGUGUGGACACUUUGUGGACUGAGUUGUUUUAUCCUCCUCCUCCUCCUCCUCCUCUUCCUCUCAUUUCGGUUCCUGCUCACUGACCCAGAGGGAACUCAACCUGCUCCUUUAAGUCAGUGUGUGUGUGUGUGUGUGUGUGCUGGUGGAAUGAGGCAGUGAUGUUCUGGGACAGGAAGAAUAGUGUGGGCAGUUCCCAGCGCCGGCCCAAAGGAAGACACCGACCCACAUCGGCAACAGCAACCAGCGGGCUAGAGGCGGAGAGCGGCAGGCACGGCGGCGGCAGCAUCGUCCACGGCGACGGCAACCCCAGCAUCAGCACCGGUGGCGGAGGAGGAGGAGGAGGAGGAGGAGGCGGCGGCGCGGCCCACUUCAGGUCUCCAUGGCAACAGAGUGUGAACGUGUUCGGCGCGUGGAGCCGGCCGGAGUGUGUCGAGGAGCUGCACCAGGAGGCGCAGCUCAACCUCCAGAGCCUGCUGCAAGACUUUGAGGAGCAGUUGUGCGACACCAAGCCGACCGGUCAGACGUUCCGGCUGCCGUCCGACGGCACGUCCACCUCGCUCAGCCCGUUGCCCGUCUCCCUCGACAACAAGAGGUCGGACUUCAUCUUCCUGCCGGCGUCCAAGCAGCUCUACGACGAUGAAACCAGCUCCUCCGUGUUUGGACUGAGGUCCGCGGCCGACCCCUCCGCCUCCUCGACGCCGUCGCCCUGCGGCUCGGAGCGCCCGCCGCCGGGUCGGAGCGGCGGCGCCACGCCCGCCGGCGGACCGCCCGUCGCCGACAAACCGCGCCGGCAGCUCGGCAGGCGCCCGCCGGGUCGCUUCCUGCCGCUCGACGUCACAGGUGAAGGCAGAGGAGGGAGGUUCCACAGCGUCGACCUCCUCCGGCACUCCCCGACCCCGUCCCGCUCUCCGGGGGAGCCCCGCUCCCUGGAACCCGUCACGGACACUUUGCACCAGAACCUCCCCCUGAGGAAGACCCACUCCGCCCUCGACACGACCUUACCCCCAGGAGACACUUCGGACCAUCAUCACCCAGGAACGAUGGACACCUCUGGGCUGCUGUGCUCAAACACAGCCUCCUCUUCCUGGAACGGACCCAAGGGCUCCACCUUCUCCCCCGGGGCGUGGAACGAGCCGUACAGUUACAGCGCGCGCAAGGGCCCGGCGGUCCCGCCGAAACAGCACAGCGUCAUCGGACACGGCGGCGUGACGCAGGACGGGGUGAUGUUGGUGAGCUCGGGACAGUCGGCGAGCUCGCACUCCAGUUCGUUCACGUCCGUGAGCAACACUUCCGGGAGAGGAGGGAACAUUUCACUGGCGGCGGCGAUGAUGGGGAAGCGGAGCGAGACGGAAGGGGCGGCGGCGGACGGAGGGAGGGGAGGCGGCGGCGGGUUUGGGGAGGAAGGUAGAGGGCGCGAGAGGUCGGCGCGUUCCAAAGCGGCGGCAAACGCCUUCAAGUUCCGGGAGCGUUCCCUUUCUACGCCCACGGAUCCCGGUACCUUCUGCUUCACAGAAGCUGGUUCAGGGCAACCGGACGGGAACAUCUUGCCCACGGGGAACGGGAACGCUACGACACCGACGGACCACCAACAACAGCACCAUCACUUCAUGGGAUUGGCUGAGAACUACGCACUUCUGUACCCUAGAGGGAGCUCCGAGGACAGCACCAGCACCGGCGACACGAUCUCCGUCACGGCUUCGGACUACAGCGCCGACGGCCGCCUGCGCCUACGCUCUCGCUCCAUCUCGCUGAAGAAAUCCAAGCGCAAGCCGCCCCCUCCUGUGAGGAGCGUCUCUCUCAUGAAGAACCUCGGAGAGGCCGAGGGGCGAAUCCACCACGGGGGCGGCCUCUACCGGGGUGGCCGGCCAAAGAGCCUGCACAUCCCCAGGGACCACUUCACGGACUUCCAGCCCGAUUUCCUCCUACCCAGCUCGUCCUGCUCUUCUAAACCCAGUGUUCUCGGGCGGGAGCUGGGCCGGGGAGGCACCGACGGACCUCCGAGUCUGGAGGUCCAGGCACCCGAGAGGGAGGGAGACACAGAGCUGACCUUCCCCGCUCACUGGCAGCUGGGGGAGUGGAAGAACGACCCUUACCGGUCUUUAUCGGGCUCCAGCACAGCAACAGGUACCACGGUGAUUGAAUGUAUGAAAGUCAGAGGCAGCUCGGAGUCCCUGCUCGAUUCCCCCUCCACCUCCAGAGCGACCUCGCCCUCACAGAUCUCCAUGGAAACGGACAUCAAGGCGUCCUCGCCCUUCAAACCCCCGGGACUCAUGUCCCCGUCGAGUGGCUACUCCAGCCAGUCAGAGACUCCCACGCCGACUGUUCCCCUCAGUCACGUGGCAGGUCACGGGACGACGGGGACAUUGGGUUGCAAGUUGCGUCCGAAGAUCCCAGAAAGGAAAUCGUCGCUACCGUCACCCAAGGACCCGAGCGCGAGGUCUAGAUUGUCCUUCGAGAUGCCAGGGAACGCACAUCUGGAGCUGUCGUCCAUCAAGCCGAAGCAAAAGGCCAGCAGGCGACAUUCCGACACUUCGACGGCGGCGAAGCCGGGGAAAAGCAGCCCCAACCCCUCGCAGGCGUUGCCUGUGGUCACCCAGAAUGAGCUGAAGACCAUUCGGCUUCGCUCCGUCUCCCGCGGUGACUUGGAGGACUGCCCCGACGGGGCGUCCGACACCAUCGAAGAGGAACAGCACGGACGAGACUUCUGCGAGGACCCCAGCCCGCCACCCACCCUACCCAAACUCAAACCGCCUGUCGCUGUCAAGCCCCCGUUGCCCAAGAGGCCCAUGAACCUACUCUUCAAGUCUUCAUCCCCCUCCUCGACUUCCCCCCUAGCCCUCGAGUCACCUCCCGGCUCCCCCGUGGACCGGCCCGUUCCCCUGGGCAACAUCUACAAAGUCAUGAGGAAACCCAAACCUAAAAAACCUCCACCACAAAUAAUAAGUCCCUCGGUUCUUCCACAUUGUACCACCUCUCCACAAUCCGGCUACGAUCAUCCAUUCCUCCACCACUCCCGGUCCCUCUUCGAUCUCCCUCCUCUUCCGGACCCCCAGCCUCUCCUCGAGGACCCGACGAUGGAGCCUGAAUUCGACGCGGACCCCGAGAUCCGACUUGGCCCUGAAGACGGAGGAUCGCUCCCCUCGCAAUGCAGCAACCAGGAGGCUCUGGAGCUCCAGGACAAGAGCAAGACCCUCCCCUCGAGGAUGACCGUCGCCUGUCUGGCCGAGCUGUCGGACAAGAAGAAGCCCAAGGUUCCCCCUCCAGUCCCUAAGAAGCCGAAUGUGCUGCUCCUUCCCCCGUCGGUCCACUCCUCCACCAACGGGCGCGCAGACCGCCAGACCCCCCGGGGGGCCGACAGCCCCGCGGGCCUCCGGUCCCCCAGGGGAACGUUCCCGCCAGAAGAGGAGCGCCGCGGUUCUCCCGGUGUUCCCGAAACGCCGGAGCAAGACGAGGACCACUCGGGAAUAUACGAGGAGAUCUCAAAAGAGUCGCCGCUGCACGACUCCCCCCUCACGGAGCUGGAAGGGAAACUGGGCGACACCGGGAGCGGGGCGGAAUUCUUCUCGUCUCGCUCAGACGACUCUGCAGCCAAUGAGAAGCCGGCGCUGCACAUCGUCGAGGACACGGACGGCGUGGCCGACUCGCCCUCCACGCACACCACGGAGGACCUGUUCACCAUCAUCCACCGGUCCAAGCGGAAGGUCCUCGGCCGCAAGGAGCCGACGGACUCCUUCGGCAGCCGGCAGAGCCUCGUGUCCCCGGUGAAGCACGGCGGCCUCCGGACCGUGACCUUGGGCGGCCAGAGGUCGAGCUCCCGCAACGACAACUUCAUGGCGCUGCUCCAGAAGAAAGGCAGCAAGGCGUCCGGCGGGGGGGCGCGCGUCUCCGCCAUGGAGCUCCUCAAAAGCACCAACCCGUUGGCCCGCCGGGUCACGGAGGCCCCCGGCGCCUCGGCGGCGGCGCCCGGCGAGGGCGGAGACGCGGCGGCGUACGGGAACGGCAAACCCAACCAUCAAUGAGGGGAACCGGAUCCACCAAAAGACACCAGAACAACCCCGCGGCGCCGACGCCGUCCUCUCGUCCAAUCGGCUCGCUCCCUCUAGCGAUUGAUCAUUUGCACCGUCCAAUCAAAUCGGAGCACGCUUUUUUUUGGGGACCAGAACGGGGCGUCGCCCAUCGGUCGAAGCGCCGUCUGUUCUCCCGUCUGACCGGUUCCUGAGACCCGUGGAGUGUUUUCAAUGAACUAGGAGGUUUUAACGGUUUUAACGUUUUUUGCGGUUUUACGUUUUUUGCCGGUGGAUAUCUUCCCUCCUGGAUCCCCCCCCCCCCCCCAAAGAAAAACCUCUCGUGCACCAUCGGGGGGCGGGGCUUCUGGCCACCAAAGAUGACGCAUGGGCAUGUCUCGUAUCAGUUGCUCGUGAACGCAGACGAAGACUUUCUGGAACGCAAAGCACUUUAUUUUCUUAUUUUCUUUUCGUUUUUUCUUCCAAGUCUCCGUUUUAAAUGUUCAUUUUUUUCCGUGUUCCGUCCAGCGCUCCAUCGGGGUUAUUAUGGGAUGUACAGAGACGAACGCGUCUAUCAGUGGACUAGAGACAGUGUACAGCGAGCGGCUUGGACUACGACAUGUACACACACACACGCACACACACACACACACACACACACCCACACCCACACCCACACACACACACACACACACUCACACGACAGCUGGCCUGUGGAGUUUCUGUCCAGGAGAGCAUGAAGCAGCCGGUUUGUAUCCGCCCUGGUCUCUGGUGACCAACAGACGACGAGCAGACCAGAGGGGACCCGACGGUGUGUGUGUGUGUGUGGAACCAAGAGGAUUCUGGGAAACCAAGAGGAUUCUGGGAUAGAUAAAAGGAGCAGAAUCCGUCUGCAGAGCGAUGUUUUACACAUAGCACCGCCCCCUUUAUGUCACUUCCUCUUUUAACCUCCAUAGCCGCGCCCCUCAUCCUCCCUCCCUCCUCCUCUGCAUUCAGUCUAUUCAUCUGAGCUCGGCGGACGACGCGACACCGGAUGAAUGUCCAACAAGAGAAAUACAUCAAACAACAACAACAACAACAAACAGCUUUCUAUCAACGCUCAUCUUCUGCCUUCUCUCUUGAAUUUUUAUACUUUUUUUUAUUUUUAUCGAUCUGUGCACAAGCGAGCCGGUUUAAAUGAGUCGACCUUUGACCUUUGACCCCCGGACGACCCCUCGGCUUUGGAUUUUUAUUUUUUGGGGGGAUUAGCCGCGGUUCACCUGACUCCUCACCUCCCCCAGUCUGCAGGCGGAUCGCUCUAUUGAGUCACAGCUCCCCCUAGUGGGCGGAGAGAUUAUAAAAUCUAUAAAUAUAAACUCUCACACACACACACACACACACACACCCUACAGUCCUUCAGGUACUCCGUCAUCCUGAGAGAGAAAAAAAGAUUAAAAAAAAUGCAUAAAUUAUCACCAUUUAUGACGACUAGUCGAGUGACGCUUGUUUUAAAUAUUUAGCGAAUGAAAAAAAAGAAAAAGAUGAACCUAUAAAUCUGUUUGUUUGCCUUGUAUACUGAACCACGGGCUGCAGGCCAACUGUGUUUUUUAUUUUUUCGUAUUUUUGUCGAUGUAUUAUAUGAGCUGCCUUGGUCGUAAACACACACACACACACACGUACACAAACACGCACACACACACACGUACACACACACACGUACACACACACACAACCUGUGCAACAAUCUAAAAAAAAGAAAGAAAGAAGGGAGCAUUUAUGUUUUAUCAAUCAAAGAAAUUAUCAAACAAAUAUCCGCCAAAAUUUGCAUUCAUAUCCAUGCAGAGGAAGGCAGUGUAUAGGCCCCGCCCCCUUUUAGAGCAAUAUCCCUCAGAGGAACCACAGACCUGAGAUCAGAUGAGUAGAACUGCAUUGAAACCCGGAGAGGACAGAGGGUGCGCUUGUUUCCGGUUCUUUACCGCCAGCGAGCACGCUUCUGAUUGGAUGGGUGUUGAGCGGGGGAGGGGAGGGGGCGGGGCAUACGGGUGCUCUGUGGACACGAGAGAGGGCGCCAGGCGUUUCACCGCGGAGGCCGAAAAAUCCCGUCACCGGUCGGCCCACUGCCGGCUCCGCGCCAUAUCUUUUGUAAGACUUCUAAGGUGUGCCAACGGCGAAGAGGCGGGGCCAAUCGGCCCCCGUUGCAUUGGUCCCGCCCUCUUUUUUCAUCUCUCGCCAUUCGCCAACCGGUGAGAUUAUUUUUCGGUGCUGGCUCCGCCUCCAGAAAGCGUGUUAUGAUUGUUAUCACCGUGAAAUCCGUUGACACAAUAUAAAAAUACAUCUAUGUGAAAGAGACUCGAGAGACACAUUGGAGGUGUAGUCCGUCAUCCCUUCUUCAGAAGGGAGGGAGAGGCAGAGGAGGAGGAGGAGGAGGAGGAGGAGCGGAACUUUGGUGGAUUACCACACUGAAAAUAUUCACCUCCUCGUCUCCUCCCUUCACCUCCUCGUCUCCUCCCCUCUUCUCUUCUCAGCUGUGGCGUGACUCAGAGGAGUAAUCGUGUCUCUCUCUCUCUCUCGCUCGUUUUCUCUACCCUGCAAAGUGAUGAAAGAAAGAAGAAGGUAAAAUGGGAAAGCACAAAGUCAAAGUUUAUUAAUUUCCUCGUCGGAACUCGUCGUUCCGGGAAGUCAGAUUUUGUUCCCGCUUUGAGAACUCAAAGGCGAGCGCGAUGUGGCGCCCUCUGGUGGCGAGGCGGCACAUUGCACCCGGCGCCUUUAAGAGAACUACGGCGGCCCGCAGGUGGCGUGGUACGAGACACGCCCCUCGAUCCCGCGUACUGCGCCUUUAAAUCCAGAAGCUGGAGUUCCACCCCGAGGCCGUACCGCUGCGGGGGUUAUUAACGUAAUGAGAGAGAGGAAGAGGAGGGGGCAGCAGGGGGAGGGGCCACGGCUGCAGAUUCGGGGGGCCGCGGAGUAUCUCGCAUUCGUUCGAAGGGGCGUGCCAGACGGGUGGAGUUUGAGGGCGUCUUCAGCGGUACUUUGGACAAAAACUGAGGUCCCUCGCCGGUAAACCCCGCCCACCUGCCACACCGAGCAGAGUACACCCCCCCCCCCCCCCCCACUGCCCAGUUCAGGGACGAUGAAGAAGAGAUGACAAUUAGAGAUAUACAGAGAGAGUUAUUGGAAUUAUUCUAUUUUUGUUAUUCUACACCUUGAGAGAAUUAAAAAGACAUAUUUAAAGGAAUACUCCGUGUGUGUGUGUUGAAUAACCUCCUGCCCCCGCCCCCCAUCCAGUGGCGUGACGCACACACACGAAACGCAGCUCCAUGCGAUGCCAUAUAUACGUGAUCAAAUUAUUAUAUCGUUAUGAAUAAAUUAUUUUUCUUGCUUAAAGAAAGUUUCACUCGCUUUCCUUUCCAGUGAAAUGUCAUGAAGGCCGGACUGUGUGUGUGUGUGUGUGUGUGACUGUGUGUGUGUGUGACUGUGUGUGUGUGUGUGUGACUGUGUGUGUGACUGUGUGAGUGUGUGACUGUGUGUGUGAGUGUGUGACUGUGUGUGACUGUGUGUGUGUGAGUGUGUGACUGUGUGUGACUGUGUGUGUGUG